GAGUUGAAACCUGAACAUAUCAGAAAUCUGAAGGCGUCUUCAUAAACGCCUUGGUUUUGAAUAUUAUUCUCUGUCUGUCUCUCUCUGCAAUUGCAUUUUGUUUCUCUCUAGAAAGUGAAAAUGAGAGAGUGCAUUUCGGUCCACAUUGGUCAGGCCGGUAUUCAGGUCGGGAAUGCAUGUUGGGAACUUUAUUGCCUCGAACAUGGAAUUCAGCCUGAUGGCCAGAUGCCGAGUGACAAGACUGUUGGUGGAGGUGAUGAUGCCUUCAACACAUUUUUUAGUGAAACUGGUGCGGGAAAGCAUGUUCCUCGUGCUAUCUUUUUGGAUCUCGAGCCCACUGUCAUUGAUGAAGUGAGGACUGGAACUUACCGUCAGCUCUUCCACCCAGAGCAAUUGAUCAGUGGCAAGGAAGAUGCUGCCAACAACUUUGCCCGUGGCCACUACACAAUUGGAAAGGAGAUUGUUGAUCUCUGCUUGGAUCGCAUUCGAAAGCUUGCCGAUAAUUGCACUGGCCUUCAAGGGUUUCUAGUUUUCAAUGCUGUUGGCGGGGGCACUGGCUCUGGUCUUGGCUCCCUCCUUUUGGAGCGCCUGUCAGUUGAUUAUGGCAAGAAAUCAAAGCUUGGGUUCACUGUCUACCCCUCUCCCCAAGUCUCAACAUCUGUUGUUGAGCCUUACAACAGUGUCCUCUCGACUCACUCACUCCUGGAACACACUGAUGUGUCUGUGCUUCUGGACAAUGAGGCCAUUUAUGACAUCUGCAGGCGCUCUCUUGACAUUGAGCGGCCCACGUACACCAACCUGAACCGCCUUGUCUCUCAGGUGAUUUCCUCCUUGACUGCUUCUCUGAGGUUUGACGGUGCCCUGAAUGUGGAUGUGACUGAAUUCCAGACCAACUUGGUCCCCUAUCCCAGGAUUCACUUCAUGCUUUCCUCUUAUGCACCUGUCAUCUCUGCCGAGAAAGCAUAUCACGAGCAACUGUCAGUGGCUGAAAUCACCAACAGUGCAUUUGAGCCCUCGUCGAUGAUGGCCAAGUGUGAUCCUCGCCAUGGCAAGUACAUGGCAUGCUGCCUAAUGUACCGAGGUGAUGUUGUACCCAAGGAUGUGAAUGCAGCUGUUGCCACCAUCAAGACCAAGCGCACUAUCCAGUUUGUUGACUGGUGCCCCACUGGAUUCAAGUGUGGCAUCAACUACCAGCCACCCACUGUCGUUCCUGGAGGUGACCUUGCCAAGGUGCAGAGGGCUGUUUGCAUGAUCUCGAAUUCUACCAGCGUGGCAGAGGUUUUCUCCCGCAUUGACCACAAAUUUGAUCUCAUGUAUGCAAAACGUGCAUUCGUGCAUUGGUACGUGGGUGAGGGAAUGGAGGAAGGAGAGUUCUCUGAAGCCCGGGAGGAUCUUGCUGCUCUUGAAAAGGACUAUGAGGAGGUUGGUGCUGAAUCAGCUGAGGACGAGGAUGGCGAUGACGGAGAUGAAUACUGAGUGCUUUGUGUGUACCUCUGCCAGCGAAGUCUUGUGGUCUGAUUUCUAUGAUAUCUUUUUUUUGUUUUUGUUUUCGUUUUGUCUACUUUGAUGUUUGGUGAACAGUGUGGCUCUAUGUUACUUGUUACAAAGUCUCUCCUGUUCUGAAUUUCUAUGAAAAAUAUGUAUCCAUGGUGAUUUCUAUCAAAUAUUAAUGUUGCUUUGUA